GUUCCGCUCCCGCGUGUUCCGCUCCCGCGUUCCCCGCACCCCCUGCGGGCGGGAUGGCGGGGGCGAGCGCGGCCCUGCUUGCGGGGCUGCUGGGGAGGCUGGCGCUGGUGCUGUACGGGCUGUACCAGGACCGCACCAUGCGGGUGCGCUACACCGACGUCGACUACCGGGUGUUCACGGACGCGGCGCGGCUGGUGACCGAGGGGCGCUCGCCCUACCGGCGGGCCACCUACCGCUACACGCCGCUGCUGGCCUGGCUGCUCACGCCCAACGUGUUCCUCGCCGAGGCCUUCGGGAAGCUGCUCUUCGUGGCCGGGGACCUGGCGGCUGCUGGCGUCGCUUACCGGGCCCUGCGGCGCCGGGGGGUCGCCGCCGGCCGCGCCUGUGGGUGCUGCGCCGCCGCCUGGCUCCUCAACCCGCUGCCCAUGGCCGUGUCCAGCCGGGGCAACGCGGAGGCGCUGGUGGCGCUGCUGGUGCUCGCCACCCUGCACUGGGUGGAGGCGGGCAGCGUGGGCAAGGCCGCCGUGUGCUACGGGCUGGCCGUGCACAUGAAAAUCUACCCCCUGAGCUACGCGCUGCCCAUAGCGCUCCGCCUGCGCGCCCGGCCGGGCCGCGGGGAAGCGGCGCUGCGUGCGCGGGGUGACAGAGCGGCGAAGGUCGCGUCCGUGGCGCGCCUCUGGCACCUUCUUGUAGAGAUGCUGAGCCGCGACGUGCUACUCUUCGGAACAGUUGCCGGAUCAGUGCUGGCUGCCUUGACUGUGGCAUUUUAUCACCUCUAUGGCUGGGAGUUUUUGGAGCACGCCUACCUCUAUCACCUGACUAGGAGGGAUAUCCGUCAUAAUUUCUCUCCCUAUUUCUACAUGUUGUACUUGACCGCAGAGAGCAAAUGGAGUUUUGCCCUUGGGCUCGCAGCUUUCCUGCCCCAGCUGCUUUUGCUCCUGGUUGUUUCCAUAGCGUUCUACAGAGACCUUGCCUUCAGUUGUUUCCUACACACCGCUAUUUUUGUGACUUUUAACAAAGUGUGCACAUCCCAGUACUUUGUCUGGUAUCUCUGCCUUUUGCCCAUUGUAAUGCCUAGUAUUAAGAUGUCCUGGCAUAGGGGUGUGCUGCUUCUCUUUCUGUGGUUCAUCGGACAAGGCCUGUGGCUUACUCCUGCAUUCUUUCUGGAGUUCAAAGGAUAUAACACUUAUUUAUUUAUAUGGUUAGCAGGCUUGCUUUUCCUUUUAAUUAAUAGCUUCAUAAUUGUUCAGAUUAUUACACAUUAUCAAAAAGAAGCACAAGUUGCAAAAAAACUGAAGCAACGGUAAUAAACAGACCAAAAUCCAGAAA